AUGGUGGCGUGCGCGGUGGCGGUGACGGCGAUGGUGAUGCCGGAGAGCGCGCUCGCGGCGAAAGCGGCGGCGGUGGCGUCGUCGAGCGAGGGCUUGUUGGCCAAGGCGUUGUCGUGGGUGAUGCACUUGGACAAACACCUCGCCGAGUUGUUCGUGAGUCAGGGGAUGUUUGCGUACGGGAUCUUGUUCGCGAUCAUCUUCGCCGAGACUGGGUUCGUGGUGACGCCGUUCUUGCCGGGGGACUCUCUGCUGUUCGCCACCGGCGCGCUCGGCGCGCUGGGCGUGGUGAACUUUCCGUUGACGUGCGCUCUGCUCUUCGCCGCGGCGACGCUCGGGGACACGGUGAACUACUCCAUCGGCUCUUACGUCGGUGCGAAUUUCAUGGAGACGCAUCCGAAAAUCUUUCCUCCUGAAUAUAUCGCGAAAACACGAAAGUUUUACGAUCAGUACGGUGGUAAGACGGUGGUCCUCGCGCGCUUCUUCGUAAUCGUGCGCACGUUUGCGCCGUUCGUCGCCGGCGUGGCAAACAUGAACUAUUCCAAGUUCAUCACGUACAACGUUGUGGGUGCCGCGUUAUGGAUCGCGAGUUUCAUGGGACUGGGUUACUUUUUCGGCGCCAUUCCCGCGGUGCAGGAGAACUUUGCCCUCGCCGUUGCCGGCAUCGUCGUUCUCUCGCUCGUGCCCGUCAUCGUAGAAAUUAUUCAACACGCCACGGGCAGUAAAGGGGACGAGAGCGAGACCGCCCCGGCCGCGACGUAA